AUCUUCAUUCUCCUUCUCUCCCUCCUCAUUCUCAUCUUCCCUCUCCUUCUCUCCCUCCCCUAUCUUCCUUCUCCACCAACUCAUCUUCCAAUUCCUUCUUCUCACGUUCCAUCCUCUUCUAAUCUACCUCUUCCCUCCCCUCAUCUUCCUGCUCAUCUUCCUGCUAAUGACGAUGAUGAUGAUAGAGAGUGGAGGCCACUGGAAAUAUCAGGAAGUCACUCUACCAGCCAUUCUACUCCAUCUUCACCACUCAACCAGUCACUGAAAUGGGUGGUUGAGAAGCACCGACUCAGCUCCAGUGGAAAUGGUUUAUUUGGUGAGAACGACUCAUUUCUGGUCCCACUGUCACCACACAGUGACUUCAGUGGUAAGCCAACCACCACCUACCAUUUUAGGGCAAAAAAGGCUUCCCCAGCUUUUGUUAAAACCCUUUGGGACGCCAUAUGUAUCUCCUUAAAAGCAGAAAUUGAUGUAUAACAUAUAAACGCCUAGUAUUAUAUUAUAUAGCCAUAUUACUGAGGUUUGUACGAAAUUUGUUUCCCAGAAAACUCUGAUUACAUAGUGUCUGUAUUGUGC